AUGCCUCAUGGAGGCAGGCAUACGAAGCGAGCUGAAAUUAAUUUGGAAAAGCAUUUAAUGAAGAAACGCUCAAUCAUACGGAUCCGGAACAAUGAUCAACUUUGUUUGGCGAGGGCCCUGGUUGUUGCGAAAGCCAAAAUUGAUAACGAUCUCCAGUAUACGAGCAUUGUUAAUCGUCGCCGGGCUAUGCAAACCCGUUUGGCUCGUGAAUUACACCAGAAUGCUGCCGUUCCUUUGGGUCCUUGCGGUUUGGAUGAAGUCAAACAGUUUCAGACGUACCUUUCCAAUUACCAGAUUAAUAUUGUGUCCAAAGAUCAUCAGAACGCUCGUAUUUAUACUGGCCCCGAUCAGGAAAAGAGAUCUGUACCUUUACGAUAA